CUGCUCAUUCUCGUCAUCGAUCCCACUCCCAGCUAGCAGCAUCAAUCUUACACUUCGAUCCCAUCAAGUCCAAGCGCGCCCAGCUGUUCUUGCAUAUAGAUACACCGAAGUGAGUAACAGGCUAACAGCAUCGUCCGUCUACGUACAUGGCUUUCGCGCUCAAGGCAUCCCUCUCGCCGUCUUCCUCGCCUCCGUCGAGCCUCACAGCGGCCACAGUGGCCACACCGCCGGUAAAGCCUGUAUUCGUCAGAGCCCCGCUCACAAGGCAUCCCUCUCGCCGUCUUCCUCGCCUCCGUCGACCCUCACAGCGGCCACAAUGGCCACACCGCCGGUAAAGCCUGUAUUCGUCAGAGCCCUCGCCGCGGCCUCAGUCGACCCGGCAAUGGCCACGCCAGCCGCGCCGGGGAGGCAUGCGGUCAGGGCGCGCGCAACCGCGCUGGCCCCGGCAACGGCGCCCGUGCCCGCCGGUAACGGCGGCCUGUCGGUAGCGAAGGCCAUGUCCCGGGCCAGAGACAACGGCAUGACGGCGUUCAUCCCGUACAUCACCGCCGGCGACCCCGACCUGGCGACCACAGCGGAGGCGCUCAGGCUAUUGGACGCCUGUGGCGCCGACGUCAUCGAGGUGGGCAUGCCGUUUUCCAACCCCUACGCCGACGGGGCCGUCAUCCAGGCGUCCGCGGCGCGGGCGCUCGCGGCCGGCGCGACGUCGGACACCGUGAUGGCGAUGCUGAAGGAGGUGACGCCGGAGCUAUCCUGCCCGGUGGUCAUCUUCUCCUACUUCAACCCCAUCGAGCGGCGGGGGACGGGGAGCUUCACCGCCGCAGCCAGAGAGGCCGGUGUACGAGGUCUUAUAGUACCCGAUCUUCCUUAUACCGAGGCAAGUGAUCUGAGCAUUGAAGCCAAGAAGAACGAGAUCGAGCUGGCUAGGCUGAUGAAGAGAUGGGUGCAGGUGCUGCUUACAACACCAUCUACAAAGGCAGAGAGGAUGAACGAGAUCACAUCAGCUUCCGAAGGGUUUGUGUACCUUGUAAGUAUCAACGGAUUAACAGGGACCCGCCCAGAUGUGAAUCCACGCGUUAAGGAUCUUCUCAGGGAGAUUAAGCAGGUCACCGACAAAGCAGUUGCUGUUGGAUUUGGCAUAUCCACCCCUGACCAUGUUAGGCAGGUUGCUCAGUGGGGUGCAGACGGUGUGAUAAUCGGCAGUGCGAUGGUGAAGCAGCUAGGUGAAGCAAAUUCUCCGAGAGAAGGAUUAAAGAGGCUGGAAGUAUAUGCCAAGAGUCUCAAGGAUGCACUGCAUGCCGUGAUAUGUACAAUAUAGGAUAAGGUUACUAAACAUGGACAAACCGGAAUUGCGAUGGCAAGUUGGCUUGGUGUUCCAAUAAUACAAGUGGUGGUAGAAAUCUAGAAUCAAUAAGCUAGAAGUAUUUGUUAGUUUUUUCUUGUAUGGCAUGCAAUGAUGCAAAUGAUGGCGGUUGGAGUACGCGGUUCUUUCCUUCUAGCCAAUUAAUUAAGUUUAUUAACUUAGAAAAAAAUCUUGUAUCCGCUCCUCGAUCGUCU